CUUGGUCCAUUGCACGUGUGUCAACGUGAUGGCUUUGGAUCUUGCWGGYCGAAUAGGAGUACGAUUCCUACGAUUAUCAGUUGGAAUUGGMAUUGGUGGAUUGUUCAUCUAYAAGACCAUUCCGCACGCCUUUCCUGUAACUAUUUGUCAAAAUGUACUGGGAAAUUCUGAAGAAGAUGUUCCARAAAAAUGUCGUUCAGAAUUUGUAAAAAGAGCUCACGAAAUGGGUCUUGAAAACAGCGAGAAAGUUUCUAUGUUUGUUAAUAAAGGAUUUAGUGGAUUCAGUGCUGGCUCAACAUCGUUUCCUAACGGUGCUGUAGUGGGAAUACCGGGCUGGUAUUUGUUYGACAAUGMUGARGAUGUGAUGAAAUCGCCCAUCAAUUUCAAAGGGAGGUCAAUCAAAUGGCACUCGGAGAUGGGAACACAGAUGAAAGAAGCACUCACUCCUACUCAAGAUAAUAUUGCAUUUACUAUUGGUCAUGAGAUUGCUCACCUUCAACUUCCAGAGUAUAAAUUGCUGUAUGCAGUUCUGCCCUCUACUUGGCUUUAUGUGACUUACAAAGCUGUGACUUUAACUUCUAAAUUCUCUAAAAUCCCACUUCUUUUAGAUGUAAUCCUCAAACUUUGUCUACUGAGAAUCAGCUACUUGGGGUAUAAGUAUGUCAACACAGAGGUUCACCAUAAAGAGGAGUUUGCGGCUGAUGAGGCAUCAGCUAAAGUYGAUUUACAAGCAGCAAGGGGRGGAGUUGACGUSAUGAAGAAGAGGUUGCAAUUGAAUAAAGUUUUGCGGGCUUUGCAUGGUUCGAAUGGCUUGGCACACUACGAUGAGYAUGGRAAUGAACGCAAGACAUUUCAUCCAAAACUUAGUGAACGGAUGGAGAGACUGCAAACUAUUCUAGAUGAACAUACAAGAAAAUCUAUUUAAAGCUUAAAGUGAACAGCUUUUCAACAAACUCCCAUUCAUAUAUUAUGUCAUGAUUGCUACACAGUUAUGAUAGUCAACAUUUGAUAUUUUGAUUGAGUAACUAUGUACAGUGGACUUGCAGAAGAGGCUCUGGGGAAAGAAAGGAGAAUAUGAAUGUAUUCUUAUUUUUUCCUGGGAGCCUUGUCUUGAAUCCUGUUGUGCAUUGGUCACUAAACCAAAAUAUCUAAAUUCUUCUGGCUAUUGUCAUGGGUCCAGCUAUUGUCAAAAGAUUUGGCUCSCUAACGCUUGGCAUCACUACAGUGUAAGCAGAAGUAAUGAAGUUGACUUUGCUCUGACUUAAAUAUAGCAGUUAACAA